CCACCCCUCCACCCCUCCCCCAAUUCCCUUGACAUCUUGAUCUGCACCUCCUCCCGUGCGGUCCUUGCGCUUGACUUGCUUGGUCGAGGGGCAAUGCCGUUCUUUUUUUUCCUUUCUGUACACUUCCCUUGAGUCAAUUCUCACUCAAUUGCUGCGAGACAAGCACUACAGCCCUGCCCACUCAUUUCUUGAGGACCGCUCAAUUGCAUCCAUUUAACAGCCGACAAUGCCCCCUCAUCUUCAUCCUCGCUCGCGGUCGACGAGCUCCCUCUUUGCAGCUACCCUCCUCGCAUCUCUCUUUGUCGUCGGCCUGCCACAUGUGUUUCCCUGCCCAGCGCCCCGCCGCACUCUUGCCGACUCCGAGAUGACCGUCAACGCAGACGGCCAACAGAUUCCGCGGGUGCGACGAAGAAGACGGAAGGACGCGGAAUCCUUCGUUCCGGAGGACAAGCCCUUAGCUCAAACACCCAUGGCCAGCGAUGAAGAAGUCUCUACCUUUCUACAACUCGAAGCAGAGGCUGCUCAGCUGUCUCAAGCGGGCCGGGAGUGUCCGGUGCCCAAACCGAAAGGCAUCUUGGGUGAUCUGCUGGGAUUCACAAAUCGCGGGGACACACCAUCACAACCACCAUCGAUGUGAGGUGAUUUUUUCAGCGCUAUGGAAGUAUUUUGGAAGGGAAUAGCGGACUAGUAUUGUGAAUUGGCCAAUGGAGGCCAUGUAGGAUUCAUUGGAAGGAAAAGUGGUUGAUCCGGGGGUCUUUCCCAGGAGCUCACCAUCUCCACGGCAGUUAUAUACCCAUCUUUGUAUCGAUAGUGUACUCAUAGGCACGACUUAUGUGACUACAUAGAAUCAACUUGAACUGAAUAUGAC